AUGCCCCGUCUACGAACCUCAAGAUCAACCCCACCGCCAGAAGGCUUUGACGAAAUCGAGCCCAUCCUCGAAGAGUACGAUCGAAAGAUGCGAGACGCUGAAACUGAAGACACAGAUGGUAAACGAAAAGUCGAAACUUUAUGGCCCAUCAUUCAAAUCAAUCACACACGCUCAAGAUACAUCUAUGAUCUGUACUACAAACGGGAAGCGAUCUCCCGCGAACUCUACGAUUGGUUGCUGAAGUAUCAGUAUGCGGAUGCAAACUUGAUAGCAAAAUGGAAGCGAACGGGGUACGAAAAGCUGUGCUGUGUUCGAUGUAUCCAGUCUAGAGACAUGAACUAUCAAGGCUCGACAUGUAUCUGUCGAGUUCCAAAAGCGCAAUUGCGUCCAGGGACAGUGGUCGAAUGCGUUCAUUGUGGGUGUCGUGGUUGCAGCUCAUCCGACUAA